GUUUAUACCUCGUAUAGAGCGAGACGCAGCCGGAACCGAGGCAGGACGGGGGGUGGUGGUGCGCACUCAGUUCUCUGAAUCCAUCUUUGGCGUAUCUGUGGACUCGCUGAUGCCGGGGAAGCGUCGGCGUCUCCUGAACCUCACCGUCACGCCACACACUGGAGAACACUGGCAGGUGAGCCUACAUGUGCCAAUUAUCUCUACAGCCCUCGAGUGGGAGACGAAGCUCUGGAAAAAUCAGGGCAAGCAACAUUGGGAAGUUAAUGGGGAAGUCAAGUCUACCAAAUCUGACAUAUCGUUAGAAUUCGUUCACUUCAAGCAGGAGAAGCAGGACGAAGAGACUCAGGUCACGGAUGACAGAGGUGAGGCUGGCAGGUGUGAUGCUGAAGGUUGUGGGGACGGCAAUGUCAAGGAGCCAAAAGCCAAGUCGCGGCACCACGUCGACAGUGAUUGCGACUCAGAUUUAAGAAAAGAACAGACAGUAGACCAGAAUAAAGUUUGUAGUGGUCGAGAUCAUAAAUCAGAAGACUUAAAGCAAAAUGAUCCUGAUUCCGUAAUGGUAAAUGUAGACGAAGAAUGUUCCAAGAAAGCGGAGUGUGAUGGACCGGAAGAGUCAGUGUCAAGUGAAGCUGUUCAAGAGACUACACAAAAAUUAACUUCCCGGGUUUUCAGCCUUUCUUCCAACAUGAAAACUUUCGUCUCAUCUGACGGAGGACGCUGGAUUCAGAUCCUGCAGCGCACACACCUGGCAUUCUGUCCUCGCCUUGGCUGGAACUUGAACCAAAUAUUUCGGUUCAAUCGUGACUGGACAGGGUGGGAGGUAGCGUGGGGGUGUGGUGUUGGGAUGUAGUGAUGGUGAUGGAUACCGGUCCUGCAGAAAAGGUGGUAGUCAUGGCGGUGGAUACCUGUCCUAAAGGACAGGUGAUGGCAGUGGAUACCCAUCCAGCAGGGCAGGUGGUGGCAGUAGAUACCCGUCCACAGGACAGGUGGUGGUAGUAGAUACCCGUCCAGCAGGACAGGUGGUGGCGGUGGAUACCCGUCCAGCAGAACAGGUGAUGGUAAUGGCGGUGGAUACCCGCCCUGCAGGACAGGUGGUGGCGGUGGAUACCCGUUCAGCGGGACAGGUGAUGUUUAUAGCGGUAGAUACCCAUCCGGCAGGACAGGUGAUUGUCUGGCGGUGGACACUCGUCCAGCAGGACAAGUGGUGGCGGUGGAUACCCGUCCAGCACGACAGGUGAUGGUCAUGGCGGUGGAUACCCUUAUAGCAGGACAAGUGGUGGCGGGGGAUACCCAUCAAGCAGGACAGGUGGCAGUCAUGGCGGUGGAUAUCCGUCCAGCAGGAUAGGUGAUGGUCAUGGCGGCGGGUAUGGUGGGUACCCGCCGCCCUGCAGGACAGAUGGUGGCAAUAGAUACCCGUCCAGCAGGACAGGUGGUGGCAGUGGAUACCCAUCCAGCAGGACAGGUCGUGGCGGUGGAUGCCCGUCCAGCUGGACAGGUGGUGGUCAUGGCGGUGGAUACCCG